UCCUAACCUAAAUGUAUAAUUGUGGAACUUAAUGAAAAUCAGUAAUUAUGAUUGAAAUAAUAGCAAAACUAGUUAAGGGACCAGUAUAUUUUUCUGGAGAAAUGGUUGAAUGUUUGGUCACCUUCAGUAAUCCACCGAACCCGGUCCAUCAAAUUUCGCAGAGUCACAGUGACAUCUUUGAGAGUCUUGCAUGGGCCAGUGCUCAGAUUCAUUGCCAGUGUACGACUAACGAGAAGACCGUUCUUAUUGACAAAUUAAACGUCAAUGUGCGCUCUACAGCAAUAAAUGCAGAUACUGCAUUUGCACCAUGGCAACAAGAAAAUGGACACGUCGUAAUGAACACAAAACCUAAAAUUCUCUUUUGUGACUUGAAGCUCUCCCCAGGAGAAAGCAAAACUUACGUUUAUCGAGAGACGAUACCAAGUGAUUCCCCUCCUUCGUACAAAGGUCAGGCUUUAAAUUAUUCCUACAAAAUUACUAUUGGCACACAGCGUGUCAACACGGCCAUCAAACUGCUGCGAGUACCUCUCAGAGUGCUCUCAUUAAGUGUAUUGCCAGAGUCAAGUAUUUGCAACGACAGCGUGGAUCUGAGGCCGAACAAUCCAUUUUUGGAAACGCAGCACAAGGAAACACCACUGGAUGUGGCUCUUCAAACCCUACAGAAUUUAACCGCCAGACGAAGCCCUAAUUUCUACAACGUGACAAACGGUCGUGGUCGAGUGGUGAGAUUCUGUCUCUUCAAGAACUCGUACAAGCUCGGAGAGGACAUUGUGGGUACAUUCGACUUCUCCAACGCAACUUCCACGUGUGUGCAAGUGUCGGUUGCUUUGCAAUCCGAGGAACACGUGGCCGAAGAGUACAGAAGAGGAAAAUCGUGGUCCCCGGUGUUAAUCAGUUACAACAAACACCACGAGGUGUGUCUAGGCCUGAAAUAUUCCCAGCUGGUGUUGCCGAUCCCACUCCACGUUACGCCAGAUUUCUCGAACGACUUCGUGAAGCUGAAAUGGCGCCUCCAUUUCGAGUUCGUCACGACUACGAAGCCGGUGGAGAUGCCAGACGGAAGCACCAUGAGUUGGCAGGGUCCGUCCACCCUGGACGUGGAAACCAUGGUCUGGGACUUGCCACUGCGUAUCCAUCCUACAACAAUACCUCGAAACACGAUGCAGCAGACCAAGUACACCACGGUGUUAUAGUGGCGAUCUUGGACGUGAAUUUAGUACUUUGAAGACAUUAAGGUGAACAAGGAAAAACAGACAUCCGCAGGAGGUGGACGGUUUAUUUUUAAGACACUUGGAAAGACACCCGUUUCUUCGACUAGGAGCUGGGGAUCUGCAUCAGU